AGAAGCAGAAAGCAAAGAAAAAAAUAAUUGUAAUAUAAACUUUGCUUCAACACAGAAAAAAAAAAAAACAAAGGCACACUUGCAGAAGCAAAACUAAGCAAAGAAACAAAUAAUUGUAAUAUAAACUUGCUUCAAUACUGAAAAUAAAAAAAAGAAACAGAGGCACACUUGCAGAAGCAAAACCAAGCAAAGAAACAAAUAAUUGUACCAUAAACUUGGUUCAAUACAAAAAAAAAAAAAAAAUAGAAAUAGAGGCGUGCUUGCAGAAGCAUAACCAAGCAAAGAAAAAAAAUUGUAAUAUAAAUUUGCUUCAAUACAGAAAAAAAGAAAAGAAACAGAGGCGCACUUGCAGAAGCAAAACCAAGCAAAGAAAAAAAAUUGUAAUAUAAACUUGCUUCAAUACCAAAAAAAAAAAAAUUACAACAUGCUUUCGUGUCUUUCUAUUUCUAAUUCCAACUUUUUGUUUUGGUGUCCAAAAAAAAAAAAGAAAAAAGAAAAAAGGAAGAGACAGCACUGGCAGAAGUAGAACCAAGCCAAAAUAUAUAUAUAUAAAAUGCUUAAUCGCUGUCUAAUUAGUGAUCAAUUGCAGUCCAAUAACUCUAGUUACAGGAGGUGUGAAAGGGUAAGCUCUGUGAGAGUGGUCUUGCAUUCUUCCUAUGACUGAUGGGGACUAAGAGGAGACCAAAUGUUGAGCAAAGUGUAGAGGAGAGCCGAGAGGAGAGUUGGGAGGAGAAAAGUUAGAGAAGAGUUGAGAGGAGAGUUGGGAGGAGAAGAGUCGGAAGACCAGAUGUGCGCGGGACAAGACCAGAGGCGAUGAGGUUUUUUAGCUUUUAGGGUUUUCUUUCUUUAAUUUAUAAAUAGAAAAGUUGGAAAGACAUAAUUAACCUUAAAAAUUUUUAACUUAAACUUUAGUUAUGGGGUUAACAUGGUAAUUUGAUCAAAAUAAUCAAAGAAAAUUACAUAGCGGCUGCUAUGCACGCUAUCCGCUAUUUGUAUUGCGGCCGCUAUUAGCGGUAAUAGCAGCCGCUAUUGAAAAAACGCUACGCUAUGAAAAUUUGUCAUAGCGGCUGUAGCUGGCCGCUACGCUAUGCCGCUAUGGCCGCUAUUGACAACACUGCUGAGAAUAAAGAUGACCAACAAGAAGGAUUGGCACCAUAUUUCCAAGAUGAUGAGCCUCCUAUUCCUCAACAAAUAAAUAUUGAUGACAUUGCUUAUGAACCUGUGCAAUAUUCUGAUGGGAGGUUUAUUGAAAUACAUGAAGAAGCUGAUGUUGAGAAAGGGAUUGGGGAAGAGGAUGAAGAAGGAGAAUGGGAAGAUUUUGAGACAUCAAAAGAAGAAAACAUAGAAACAUAUGUUGAGGAGAAUGAUAGUACUGAUGAGUAGGCAAUAAUAUUGAAACUAUUGAAACUUAUUAUUAUAUUUAUGGUUACUACUUACUUGUUGGUACUUUUAUAAUUAUAUUAAUUAUAUUAUAUGUUAUUUAUUUUAAAAUUGUAUAACGUCAAUAUUAUUUUCAAGUUAAUAUUUGCUUAUUUAUACUUCUAUACUUGUAUUAGUUGGAAUAAAAUUUAUACGUUUAU